AUGCGAGAAAAAACUCAUGCCCAUCGGAAUUACAUCGAUGAUAUUCCUCGUGACGUUAAAAUUCGGCGUCUUAACGAGAUAAUCAAUUCUUUUCAUGAAAACGCAAAAAUCCGAUAUAGUCAAUUUAUUGGUAAACCACAAUUAGUUUUAAUUGAAGGUUAUUCAAAGCGAGAUAGUCAAAGGUUAAAAGGAAUCUCUGACGGAGGGCAUAAAAUUCAUUUCGAUGAUGCUAACGUAAUUGAUUGUAUAGGAGUAAAUAAUAAUAAUAUUGAUCUGAUGAUGAAACAUUUGGAAAAUAGUUCAAAGAGAAAUAGAUUUAAUAAUUUAUUUGACAUUUCUCAAAAGACAACAAAUAUGAAAUCAGGAGAUUAUGUUCUGGUGUUACCAAUUUCAACAACUGGUUGUUCAUUUGACGCGAUACCAUUAGCAAAAAUGUCUAUUGCACAGUUUAAUAAUGGAAAAUUUAGCGAAUAUAAUAUAAAUGUAGGAGACAAUUUGCAUAAAAAUUCAAAUGAUCCAAAUUGUUAUGCAUUAACUCUUAAUGCAAUACCAAAUCCUGAGGAAGAAAUUUCAUCAUCCACCUGGGAUGAUCGAGAGAAAUUUUCGGCUACACUUUUUAUGAAAAAUCCUGAUUUAUCAUUGGACCAUGGUGUUGAAAAAUUUGUAUCAAUUAAUGAACUUCCUAAAGUUGGAUAUAUUACAAUUGGUGUUUGGUUCAACAAGAUAAUAAUCGAAUAUGCAAAACCCGAAUAUCUAAUUCCACCUCGACCAUGGCCAAAAAAUCUUGUCGAAGCUUGGGAAAACGAAUUAAAUAAAUCCGAUUUCGCCGACAUUCAAUUUAAUGUGAAUAAUAAAAAAAUAUAUGCACGUAGUUCCAUUCUUUCACUUCGUUCGGAAUAUUUUCGUAAAAUGAUUGAAGGUGGUUGGACUGAAACAAAUCAAUGCGAUUAUGAUGUUAAAGACAACAAAGUUACUGCUACAUUCAAAGACACAUCGAAACGUCCUGAUAAAGAAGGAGAUCCUCAAUCUGAUAUUAUAGUAGUUAUUAAAGAAAAUAGCAAAUAUAGUGAUGAACAGUUACAAAAUUGGACACCUCCACAAAUUCGUUACAAAGUCAAUGUGACUGAUGUCCAUGAAGAUACUUUUCUUGAGAUGUUACGUUAUCUAUACACGAACAAUUUAGAAUUUGAUUCAACUUCUUUACAUAAAAGACCUUUAGACAUUUUCAUUAUUGCUGAUAAAUAUCUCAUUCCGGAUUUACGUCAAUUAGCUAAAUCGCAAAUUUAUAAAGAUUUAACGGUAGAUAAUGCAGCAGAGAUUUUGUUUGGUCAAGUUUAUGAAUGGGAUGAUUUAAAAAAAGAUGUAAUGAAAUAUGUAGUUUCAGAAUUCUCAAAGAUCAGAAAAACUGACGGAUACAAAAAGGUUAUUUUAAAUAACGUUGAAUUCCCGGCGGCCGUUGAAUUAAUGUCUGAACUUAUUAAACUUUUAGUACCUGAAGAUGAUAAUGAUAAAGUCCCGGAAGAACAAGAAAUCUUCUUUGAAGAAGAAGUAAUAGUAGAUAAGAAUAAUGUGAAUAAUUAUUUGCUUCGAAAAUGA